UCCAGGGUGAUCAGCAUGGAGAAGCGGAAGGAGCAGUUGGCACAGCAGGAAGCGGCAGCGGCGGCGGCGGCCGCUGCGUCCCGGCCAGACGACGGCGACGACGACUCAAGCGCCGACGAGGCCGAGGUGGAUGAGUUCCUCGACUGGCGGUCGAAGGGCGCCUGGAAGUGAGGGCUCGCCGCGCUCACGCACCGCCGGGAGCGCCGUCGUCCCCGCUGAACGGCUGGACAUCACCAUCGGCUGCGGGAACCCGCCCUCUGCGAGCCCACCACGGGUGGCGACGCCGCCAGCGGCGGACGUGGUCUGUUGACGUCGACGUCUGCUGGCGUGACGUCUGGACGUGGCGUACAGGCGUGGUCUAGGACGUGAUUGGUGCACACGAUGUGCCGGCGAGGUCGGUGGGCGUGACGUGUGGUCGAGGCCUGUGAAUGGCGUCUGUGAUGUGGCCCGUGAUGUGUUGGCACGAAGGCCGACGCUGCUGUGCAGCCUGAAGCGAACAGACGGCGUGAGUCUUCGUCGAGCGCCGUUCGGAUGGCGUGAUCGGCCGGGUGGCGUGAUUCGUCACCAUCAGGCGGUGGAGCCGUGCUGGUGCCGGCCCGACGCGGCCGUGCCGCCGCGGCAAUGGCCGACGCGGGUGGCCUGACAACACCGGAAUACAUGUCACCGCCCGCUCUA